GUGAAAAUGUCCACCGAAGCUGCCUUGAAGGAUCUUCAAAAAGAACAGAAGAAAAAGAACCUACCAGACUUAUUGGAUCGCAAGUUUAUAAAAGUACCUGAAAAUGGGGAGGGGGACAUUACUGUCAUGCAGUGGAAUAUACUGGCUCAAGGUUUGAGUGGUGGAAAUGAUAAUUUUAUUCUCUGUCCACCUGAGGCCCUCUCAUGGGAAAAUCGACAAUUACAUAUGUUAGAGGAGAUUUAUAGAGUUGGACCUACCAUUCUGUGUAUGGAGGAAGUGGACUGCUUUUCAUUUCUAGAGGAAAAACUUAAACCACUUGGGUAUGAGGGAAAGUGGGUACAAAAACCAAACUCCCCAUGUAUGGAAAUGGAGGGUAAUAUGGGACCAGAUGGCUGUGCAUUAUUCUACCUCAAAGACAAACUUCAAAUGAUUGAUACUCAACCUGUGAAUCUCAAAGACAAUGGCAAGGCAACCAACCAGACUGCCCUUGUCAGUAAACUUAAGGUCAAGGACAAUGAUCACAUGGUAUAUGUAGCUACUGUCCAUCUCAAGGCCAAAUCUGGUUAUGAAAAUCUGCGGCACCAACAGGGAAAAUACCUGCUAGAUCAUUUAACCAAGAUAGCUGGGUCUGAACCAAUCAUUGUGUGUGGUGACUUCAAUGCAAGUCCUAAAGAACCAGUGUACCAGGACUUUAGUAACAGUGAGCUGGGACUGAAAAGUGUGUACAAAGAAGCAUCAGCAGAGAAGAAAGAACCCAAGUACACAACCUGGAAAAUCCGAGCUGGAAACAAUGGAGAAAAUACAGAGAGCUGCAAGACCAUAGAUUACAUCUGGAUCAGAGGAAAUCUUAAGCUGGCUGCCUUCUGGAAUAUUCCAGAUGAUGCCACCAUAGGCCCAGAUCGUUUGCCUAGCUACAAGUACCCAUCAGACCAUUUUGCUCUAGCCUGCAAAUUAGUGUUUACCUAA